CCACGCCCUGCAAAUGUAGUUGAAGUAUAGGCUAGUGCCUUGGAAUUCCGAGUAUUGACCGAAAAUGGUAUCGUCCCACCACUCACCGGUACAAAGCGGCUCUGAAGACGGAUAAAUGUGGGGGUGGAUUGGGCAAGAAGCCUGCUAGCACUGGUCACUAUAGCAGAGUGGGGGGCAGACAACUAUACGAGACCGACUGAUCUAGGACCGAUGCGCCGAGACACACGCGCGGCGAGCUUGGCUGGCUUGGCUCUGCUGGAUCAUAUAUAGGCUACAAGCCACGGCCCAUAGUGAUGAGCUCUGAACACACAGCACAACUCAAACAUUGACCAAGAUGCAAGCCUUACACACCGCAGACAUCGCCGUUAUCGGCGCUGGUAUCGUGGGUUCGGCCCUGGGGUACUUUCUAUCUUCCCCAGGAGACAUGGGCAAGAAGAUCGUGUUGAUUGAUCGUUCUUUUGCACCCUUGAAGGGUUCCACCGGCCAUGCACCUGGAUUUGUUGGCCAGUACAAUGAAUCGGAGGUCUUGACCCGUCUGGCCCAGGAUACGGUCCAGGAGUACAGAAAGAUCCCUGGUGGAUUUGACGUGGUUGGGGGCCUCGAGCUGGCGACCAGCCUUGCAGGAGCGGAGCGUCUGAAGCAGCGACAUGACUCGGCCAAAAGAGCUGGUCUCCAAGCUGAGCUCAUCUCGUCCGCACAGGCAACCAAUAUGGCCCCUGCCUUGAUCAAGGGCGAGUACACCGCCGCGUUGCACUUCGCCGGUGAUGGUGCUGCUAACGCCAUCAGAAUCACCACCUUCUUCCAAGAUGAGGCACGGGCGAGGGGUGUGCAGCUUCUCCAGGCGGAUGCCACGAAGAUUCAACAAGCCAAUGGCCAGGUGGAGGGUGUGAUGACUACGGCUGGAUUCGUCCAGGCCAAGACGGUCAUCAUCGCCACUGGCAUCUGGGCCCCCGAGCUCUGCAGCUUCCAGACGCCCAUUCCUAUUGUCCCUGUCGCACAUCCGUAUAUGUACGGCAAGUACCAUGAGUUGAGCGAACAUAAAGCCCCUUGGGUCAGAUGGCCUGAACACCACGUCUAUGCCCGUGAUCACGGUACCUUCUAUGGGCUAGGCUCCUAUGACCACCCGCCACAUGCGCAGCAACCGACCGAGACGGCCAUCGGAGACUGGAUUGAGGAUUUCGGCGCAACAUUGGAUACCGCUAUGAAGUUCAUCCCAGAGUCGACAAAUUUGGAGAUCAGAGAGAAGUUCAACGGUAUCUUCUCGAUGACACCGGACAAUAUGCCACUGGUGGGAGCUGUUGCUGAGGUGACUGGGCUGUACAUGGCUGCAGCUGUUUGGGUGACCCAUGCAGCUGGGUCGGCCAAAUUCUUGACCCAACUGAUGAAGGGGGAGGCUGUUGAUGAUACCUUGAAGGAAGCUUUGGAUCCCAACAGAUUCCAGGGACGGGAGAUAAAGGAGUUGACACAGGAGUCUUUGGAUGGGUACAACCAUAUCUAUAAGACCGUUGCAAGCUCGGACUGAACCACGCAUUCAAAUUUUCGAUGUAUGAUA